AUUUGCUUUAGAUGUACUUGGAAAAGCCGUUUUUGAUUUUGAUUUUAAUGUAUAUCCAAAUAACAUUUAUGUAACAACAUAUAAUGAAGUUCAGAACUUACUCAAAAGCCCUUUGCUUAAUCUUCUCUCAUUGGAUCGCAUUCCUUACUUUAAAAAUAAAUAUAUUAGAAAGGUUAUGAAAUUAGAAAAAUUAUUUGAUGAUUUUAUUGAAAAGAAACAUAAAUCUAUGGCUGCUGGAAAAGUCAAUGGUGACCUUUUAGAACUUAUGAUAAAAGCUGGCAAUGAUGAUCCAGAUAAUCAAGGGCUAAAUGAUAUUGAAAUAAGACACAAUUUGGCAAUUUUAAUGGUUGCUGGUCAUGAUACAACUGCAAAUUCCUUAGCAACUAUUUUAUAUCUUUUGUCAAUUCAUAAAGAUGUUCAACAAAAAGCUCGAGAGGAGAUUUUGAGUGUACUUGGCAGUGAUUUAACUCCGUCAGCAGAGCAACAUAAAGCAUUAAA